ACUUGUAUUCCCCUUGUGAUAUCCAUUGCGAAAGGCCAACAUUUGUUUACGAAAGCUCACACAAAACUAAAAAUGGGUAACAUACAAACUGUUGGCCCUAAUGAGGCAACGGUUAUAUCUGGUGGAUGUUGUGGGGCUGAUGAAAGAAAACUUAUUGUUGGAGGAUGGGGUUGGGCUUGGUGUCUUGUGACAGAUGUCCAGAGCAUAUCACUAGAGGUUAUGACCUUAAACCCAGUUUGUGACAGUGUAGAAACAUCUGAAGGUGUACCUGUGGCUGUAACCGGUGUAGCUCAGGUCAAGGUCAUGAGAGAUGUAGCUUUCUUAGAGAAGGCAUGUGAACAGUUUCUGGGUAAAUCUGUGAAGGAAGUAGAAGGAGUUAUUUUACAGACUUUAGAAGGUCAUCUCAGAGCUAUUCUUGGUACCCUUAGUGUAGAGGCAAUCUAUCAAGACAGGGACCAGUUUGCUCAACUUGUAAGAGAAGUUGCUUCCCCUGAUGUGUGUAAGAUGGGUAUUGAAAUAAUGAGUUUCACAAUCAAAGAUGUUUAUGACAAUGUUGAAUACUUGGACUCAUUAGGACGAGCACAGACGGCUAAUGUAAAGAGAGAUGCUGAUGUGGGUGUGGCUGAGGCCAAUAGAGAUGCUGGAAUUAGGGAAGCAGAAUGCGACAAGACAAAAAUGGACACCAAAUUUUCAGCUGAUGCUAAGAUUGCUGAUGCAUCCCGUAAUUACAAGAUGCAGAAAGCUGAUUUUGAUCAAGAAGUUAAUGCAAGAAAAGCUGAAGCCGAAUUAGCCUAUGAACUGCAAGCAGCCAAAGAAAAACAGAAGAUCAGAGCUGAAGAAAUAGAAAUUGAAGUAGUAGAGAGAAGGAAAUUGAUUGAUGUUGAAGAGAAAGAAAUUCUGAGAAGGGAGAAGGAAUUAAUAGCUACUGUUAAACGACCUGCUGAGGCACAUGCUUAUAAGAUGCAGUUGAUAGCUGAGGGAACAAGGACACAGACAGUUGAGGAAGCCAGAGCUGACGCUGAGAAGAUUCGAUUGAUAGGUGCAGCGGAAGCUGAAGCUAUUGAAGCUGUAGGAAAGGCUGAAGCAGAAAAAAUGAGAUUGAAAGCUUCAGCUUACAAACAAUAUGGAGAGGCAGCCAUGUUGUCUUUGGUCUUGGAAACACUUCCAAAGAUUGCUGCAGAAGUAUCAGCUCCAUUGUCUAAGAUAAAUGAGAUUGUUUUAGUUGGAGAUGAUAGAACCACAAGUGAAGUCAGCAAAUUGGUUAGUCAGCUCCCACCUGCAGUUCAGGCUCUUACUGGGGUUGAUCUCUCUAAGAUGUUAUCAAAGAUACCAGGAGCAACUGCUUAGACUGGUUUCGGGUCCUGUUAUUAACCUCUUUAAAGUGACUUCAAUAAAUGAACCAGAAGACAUAAUACUUUUACAUGUAACUUAUUUCACUUUUAUCAAGAAAUGACACUCUUAAAUGAUUUAACUAUGAUCAAUUUUAAUGGUAACGAAUAGCUUGAUCUUAAAUUAUAUGCAACCUGUGUUUUUGCAUAUGUAUGGAGUAUGUUAAUUAUAGUUUUACUGUAUUGAAAUACUUUGACCUGUAAAUCAUGUCUGUGUGUGACUAACUUUUAGAAAAUUUAAUUGAUUUAAUAUAAACAUGAUAAACAUACUUAGAUAUAGGAAGAUGUGUUGUCUUUAUGUAUAGUAUCAAAUAUGAACAGUUUCUGAUUACUGGAUCAGAAGUUUUUCUGAAGCAAAUAUUAACAGAUCUUAAGCCUGAGUAUGGAAUAAUGAAAAAGGAAUGAAUUCUUCUCUAUAGGUUCCUUUGUUUAGUUUUUCACUGAUGAAUAAUAAAUCACUUCAUGGAUAGGGGAAUAAUUGAACAAAAAUCUAAAGAGUAUCAUAUUUGACUCUUAAUCUACCUCUAGCAAAAUACAUUAUAAUAAUUUUUAAAUAAUAUAACUAAGCAUAUACUGGUCUAUAUGCCUGAUUUUAAACUAUUGUUGUGCAUGCAAUUUAUAUGUAUAUAUCUAUUUAUAACUUUUUGUGUAAACAUACCUGUUUUAAUUGUAUAUAACCUGUUCACAAUGUACAUGUACAUGAACUAUGUUGUUAAAUUUAGAUGAUAGUCAACACUUAUUUACUGUGACUAUCAAUAUAUAAAGCAAUGAGUGGUCAAAAUUAGUCUUCUUUAUUUAGAUUUCAAUGGUAGAUUAAUGCAGAUAGAGCCAGACCUAAAUAUUCAGUAAGCAUGACCCUGGGGCGGAUCCAGCUAUUUUUAAAAGGGAGGAUUACCAACCCAGGAUAUAGCAGGGGGGAUUUUUCCAACCAUAUGUCCUCAUUCAAAUUCAUUGACCCUUCAAAAAAAGGGGGUGUUCCAACCACCAGAGCCCAUCCCCUGGAUCCAUCACUGAUGACCACUCAUCUCACUUUAACAUUUUUUACGCAUAUUUUAUUUUUUUUACUAUGUUUUAAUUUAUCUAGCAUUAUUUUAAUUUAUUGUCAAUCAUUUUAUUCGUAGCACAUGUCAGUAGAUACUAAGUAGUCAUCACAUUUUGUGUUUCUGUGUUUCUUAUCAGUCAAAACACAUACAAAUGUAUUGUUUCAUUUUGUAGUGUUUUUCAUUGUCUUAUUAGAUUGCCUUCUAGUCAUAAUUUCUUUUUGUCCAUGGACAGAAAUAAUUGUUAAAGAAUAAAAAAGUACUGAUUAAAUAAUUGCAAUCUUGAGAAUAAAAAUAUUUCCGGAAAUUCCUUGAAUUCUUUCUAGUUUUAGAUUAUUAAUGUCAUAGAUGACAUUAAGCACUUUUUUGUACAUCAGAGCACAAAGUAUAUAUAGUGUCAUCUUAACUGUUUUAAUCCUUAAAUAUGUUACUACUGUCACUCAAAUAUUUUUCUUCAUAAGAUAUAGAGAAAACAGCAUGUUUAAGAAUUGUGAAAAACCGUGAUGAUAAAAAUUGUUGUUUUUUAAGAUGGUACCUAACACUACAGGGAGAUAACUCUGUGAAGUCAGCGAAACGUUUUAAUUAUGUUGUGUUUAAAAGAAAUAUUAAGCUUCUCAAUGAUCAAUAUUGGUGUAUGUCAAAUUGCUAUAUAACCAGUGUAAUUUUUCUGACAAAACAAUUUGUUCAAAUUUUUUUUUUAAUUUUUAUAUUUUUGUUAAAAGGUCAAAGUAAAUACAUUGUCAAAAUUUAUGAAAAUUAAACGAGCCAAAUAAAUUAUAGUGAAAGUGUUGGGUACGACCUUAAUAUGCAUAUUUUAUAAAAAAAAAAAGAAGCUUAUAACUUCCUUAGGAGUUUUAAAGAAACUGUUAAAAUAUGUAAUGGUUCAUGUACACAUAACUUUCAUGAGUAUGUAAUUGUGAACUGACUAUGUGUUAGUAUGUUGUUGUUUGCUUUUUUUUUCUUCUUCUUAUUAUUUUCUACUUGUAUUGUAUAUAAGGUCCUCAGGGAAGAUUACUUAUCGUAACUUACUGUUUAUACCCUCUUUAAAUAAAGAAUUUGUAAUCAUUAUUAU